AUGGCGGCAAUGCAGCCAUCUGAUACGCACGCAAACUUCCACGACCGGAGUGUAGUGGUCUUAAAAACAAGUGGUGUUAGAAUGAGAGGCAAUGAUGUGUUCAUGCCAAUGACAAUCGAGAUGUUUCAAAUAAAAAAGCCAGAAAUGGGGCAAUUCAAAAAGGUAGAAAUUACCAAAGAGAUGACAGAAGGAGACGUAACAGAAAAGCUGUUGGAGACAUUUCCAUAUCUUCAAAAUCAGAGGUAAUAUUAUCUUAUCAUAAUAACACUCUUGAAUAAUAUAUAGAUUUAGCCAGGGCUAAAAGCGAAGCUCCCAUUCACUUAAUAAUUUGUAAUUUAAAUUAAACAAUAAACUUGUAAUCGACAAAUCAGUUAACUUAAGAACACAUUCAUGUGACUUUUGAGGCAAAGGCUAAGUUAUGUUAGAGUGAAACAUCUUACAUCGAGUUGAUAGCCUUAUAUGUACACCCAAAAAAUAGCAAACAUCUUCGAUCACAUUCAAGAGCCAUAAUGGCUCUUGGUCACAGCUGUAGAUAAGGCCUCGAAAACAAAUUCUUGGAAAACAAAUCAGGCCGAAUUUUUUUGCGUUCGACAGGUUUACUUUACAAAUUCCUGGGUGUGUAAACCAACCUUUUAUACUUUUUAUACAUCACAUCUGAGGUGAAACAGAACCUACAUUUUUUUUGACAAUUUUUCUAGACAAAUUGCUCUCAGUCAAUGUUCAGGACGAUCAAUCGUGGGCUUUUAGCGAAACCGUUCAAAAAAUUUCCAAAAUCACCCAUACGGCCGGCCGUUUCUCGUUUCCAGUGCGAGCUGUCAGUGUGGUCGAGUGUUUGAAUGAACUUUAAUAGAGUUAUGCUUCAACAAAACAACGAAUUUAUUUAUUUAUUUUUUUUUGUUAUUUAAUGGUUUCAGUUAUAACGAUGUGUAAUCUUAUAAAGCUUUUGAUACGCGCGACAUUUAUUUAAAGUACUCCUGCAAGCGAUGUCCAUGAACGAUGAAAACAAACGCCACGGACGAGCUAUUAAAAUUGCAAGAGACUACUAACAAUCAAUAAAAGAAAGAUAAUUCGGUGGAACAUUCACAGAGACAACAAUUUUCAUUCACGAAGACAAGUAUUAAAGUGUCUCUAAAAAUCCUGAGUCGUUAAUUAUGUUUUACUUUAAUUUCAGCCGGCCUCCCGGUGUUUGCAUUUUUCAAAGAUGCCACUCCUCGAAGCAAGAAAAUCGCUCAAAGUUUUCCUUCUACAGCCAAAUUUAUCGCUAAAUAUUCGUCGGGACGUUUUCUUUUUAUUUGCGGUGAGAAAAUAUAUUUGAAGGCCUUUUAAAGUUCUCUAAGCUUAUAUCUAACCUGAUACUAGGUCAGAUCAUUGACUCAAAUCUUACAAACGUGUAUAAACUUGCGGCAUAAAUUGUGCUCGACUUCAUGAAAUUAGAUAUAACAAACACAAACAUCAAAUACAAUAACUAUUCAGGCUUACCAUUCGAGAUUCAGUUCCUGAAAGAUAUCAAGGAAGGCCACAGUUGUUUGAGACUUUUAAGCCCUCUUACGCAUUAAGCAAGGUGAAAAACGAAAACGAUGCAGUCCGAAAUCGGAUUACCGAAUUUUGACAAGCUACGCAUUUCUGAACCAAAAACCAAGAGAGAAUAAAAAAUAAACAAACCAGCCAUGAAUAACAGAAGGCUCCUUGAUAGCAGCUGUAUUUCUUUUUCUACAUCCAGUGGAAAAGACAGCUAAAUACAUCACAAGUUGACACAAAACUCUGUCAGCUUCAGCUCUCAAAGUAAACAACUUUCAUGAGUGCUGCAUAAAUUUUCCGCUUGAACUCACCUGUCAAUUUUUGACCAACGCGUGACCAUGGUAAGAAAAGGUCUUCCCCGCCUGUAUUUUUAAAAAACUGGCUGAAUUGUCGCGUCCGAGGUCAGUUUGAAAUCAAAAUCUUAACAGCGCAGGGCCAUAGUGACAUAAACACAACAUAUUUCAUAUAAAUCAUUGGAAAAGAAAAAACUUGAGCCUACGAUCAUUUGAAACUGGUAAUUUCUCAGGGGAUAACUUCAAAAAAAUACUCGACCUCGAUGGGUCGACACUUGAGCCCGCGGUACGGUCACGUGAUACUGGUCAGCGGAUACCCUGUUUUGACAGCUGUCAAUUGAUCGCAACAUUAAUGUGCAAUUAGUUUUCUCUUGGGCUCCCAAACUAGCUAGAAAGUGUGAGAGUAAACAUUGGUUGUCCUGUGAUGCGGACGGACGGUCGGGCGUACGGUCACGUGAUUACCAAGUUUUCUCGGAUGGGUAGAUUACCACAUUUCCUUAGCCAUGGGGCUACGCCCUCGCACGAGCUUCGCGCGCGGGUGAAGCUCCGCUAUUAGAAAAUAAUGAUAUUUUCAAUGAUUGCAGUCUGUUUACUCUUUUGUUAGUCAGCGGCAUGAUCAUUGUAUUCAUCUCGGGUUCUAACCUAGGUUUUACUGCGCAGCCGCAGUAGACAAUCGAACAAGAUUAGACUUUCAUGGUGACCGCCGAAUAUGGAAUGGACGUUUGACAAAGAGGCUUUUAAAGGGAAACUCGGCUCUUUAUAUUUUUGUUGAUGAGGUAAGUAAUAGACAUUAUCUUGUAGAUACAACACUGGAGAUAAUAAAACUAAAAUGUAGUUAUAAUUAG